CAAAAAUGUAUAUAUCAUAGCAUGUAACAAAUGUGAUAAAAGUGGGUUAAUUGAUUCAUUACGCUGAAUAAUUAGAAAAAUAGUGUAGAGUUAUAAGCUCCACGGACAUAGUUAUACAGUAUUCGUAAUAUCCUCAAAACUCGAAUGAGUGGGCCGAGCAUUCCAAUUCCCUGCUCUGUGCAUCAACAUGAGUUAGAGCGAAUGAGGAAAAACGUUUGCCAAUUACAAACUGUCUCGAUAACUAGCCCAGACAAGAGCAGUACUACAAAUUGUGUAAAUUCAAACCUGGGCAACGUAAGUGGAACGGAUACCAGUAGCUCAAAUGAUUCUCCGGUUACAUCACAAAUCAUAAGUCCUAACGACGAAAGUGCAAGGACACCAGGAACUUCAACAGAAAUGGUUGACAUUAGUUCAAAUGGAACCCGGAUCGGAUCACAGUCUACGAGUUCCAAUUUGAUUUGUUGUGGAAGGAAAAAUUCAGACAAGCAGUUGACCACAAACAAAAAGGUUAAUAAAAUAAUUGGCAGAAAUGAUGCAACAGAACUAACAGCAGAACUUGAUAGACAUCCAGAAAAAAUAGAUAGGAUAAGGAGUCAGAAAGAGGAAGAUCAGUCAAAACAGAUAACAGACUUGUCUAAAAAGUUAGACUUGCAGCAAGAACUUAUCAACGAAUUACUUAGUAGUGGUAUUGAGAUAGCGGCAAAAGGGAAGUGGGUAAAUUCAGCUGAUUUAACGGAACCGAGGCAUCUGGCCACCGAACUUCAGAGAAUAUAUAAAAAUGAAUGGAGAGACACUAAAAGGUCAUUGAUUGCUAAUUUGCAUAAUUACAACAAAAAUGCAGCUCUGCCUACAUCUCCUUUGAAGGAAAUUGAUGUUAUCAAGUGGUUAAGCUACAUACUGCAGGAAUGCUAUUCCUUUUGUGAGACGAAGGCAAACUUACCAAUAUCACAGUUUUUCGCAGCAUUCAGCACAAAUGCAAAAUUGGAGUUUGAUAUGGUAAAGUGUUCUGAUGUUGAAAGAUAUUACUUUUUAAAGAUGAGAAAAAUUGUCGGAAUGCGCAGCGAUGUAAUGGAAGGCAUUGUUCAGGGAUUUUUGUCAAAGUGCGUAUCUGAAGAAGAACAGCAAAGCAAUGCUGAUAUCAUAACCGUCGAACGUGACCAGAAUAGGGACUGCGAAGAGGGUGAGAUUUGUAACAGUGCUGAUAUCAUUAAUGACUCUAGCCACGAGGAUGAUGAGAAUCGUGACAGUUAUAGCGUUAUUGAUCCGAACAGACUGGAAGAGAUCAGCAAAGUGAGAGAAAACUAUGACAAUGCAAAUACCAUUACUGACUCCAACAAAGGAAGCAACAAAGAAGGAAAAAGAUAUGGGACUUCAGAAAGCAAUACUGAUCCUAACAAAUGGAAGGAAACCAGGAAAGAAGGCAAAAUCUCUAAAAACACAGAAAGCGUUAUCAGUCCUAACAAACGAAAACGAACCGGCAAUAAAGACGAAAAGUCUGACAUUGUAGAUAGCAUAACUGUUCCUAGAAAACAGGGAGGUAGCGACGAAGAAGGCAAAAUAUGUUGCUCUGCAGAUAACAUUGCUGAUCAAAGUAAACAAGAAGGAGGCGGCAAAGAAGGCAACACAUCUGACAUUGCAGAUAGCGGAAUUAAGCCUAACGAACAGGAAGGAGGCGGAAAAGAAAGAAAAAUAUCUGACAUUGCAGAUAGCGUAACUGCGCCUAGUAAACAGGAAGGAAGAGGCAAAGAAGGCAAUAUAUCGGGCACUAUGCAUAAGAUUACUGACCCUAUCAAACAGGAAGCCAGCGACAAUCAAGACGAAAUAAAUGACAUUGCAGAUAGCAUAACUGAUCCUAACAUUGCUGACCCUAGUAUACAAGAAGGAAGCAGCAAAGAAGGCAACACAUCUGAUAAUAUAGAUAGCGUAACUAAGACUAGCAAAUUGAAAGAAGGUGGCAAAGAAGGCAUAAUAUAUGACAUGGCAUGUACCGUUAGACAGCCUAGUAAACAGGAAGGAAGCGGCAAAAAAGGCUUAUUAUCUGACACUGCAGAAAACGAUACAGAUCGUUGCAAAAAAAUAGUGAGCGACAAAGACGGCAAAAUAUCUGACACUGCAAAUAGCGACACUGACCCUAGCAAAAAGGAAGGAAGCUGCAUAGAAAGAAACAUACUUGACACUGACGAAAGCGAUAAAUAUCAUUGCAGAGAGAAAAGGAGCGACAAUAAAGACGAAACAUCUGACAUUGCAGACAGCGAAAUUGUCUUUGGCACACGUGGAGACAACGAAGACAAAAUAUCUAGCACUGCAGAAAAUGUUGUUGACCCUAGUGAACAAGAAGGAGGAAGCAAAAUCGGCAACACAUCUGACAUUGCAGAGGAAGGCAAAAUUUCUGACUCCUGUGCAAACAGCGAUACUGAACCUGGCAAGCACAAAGGGUGCGGCAAAGAAGGCAAAAUAGGUGGUACUACUGGUAGCGUAACAGACCCUAACAAACAGGAAGGAAGCGACAAUAAAGACAAAAUAUCUGCCAUUACGAAUAGCGUAACUAACACUGAUAAACCGGAAGGGAGCGCCAAACCAACUCGCACUACGGAUAGUGUAACGAAUCUUAGCAAAAAGGAAGAUCGAGACAAUGAAGGCAAAACAUCUGGCACUGAAGAAAGCAUUCAUGAUCCUAGCAAACAUAAAGGAACCAGCAAUAAAGACGAAAUAUCUGACAUUGCAGAAAACGAAAUUGGCUCUAGCAUACAAGAAGAUAGCAACGAGGAAGGCAAAAUAUCUGGCAUUGCAGAUAACAUUACUGCCCCUAGUAAACAAGAAGGAGGCUGCAAAAAAGGCAACAUAUCUGACAUUGCAGUAAGCGUUACUGAGCCUUGCAAACAGGAAGGAAGCGGCAACGACGGCAGAUCAUCCAGCAAUACCGAAAACGAUACACAUCGUUGCAAAAAGAUUGGGAGCGACAAAGACUGCAAAAUAUCUGAAACUGCAAAUAGCAACACUGGCCCUAGCAAACAGGAAGAAAGCGGCACAGAAGGCAAUGCAUUUGGCACUGUCGUAAGUGAUAAUGAUCAUUGCAAAGAGAAAGGGAAUGGCAAACGCUGCAAAAUAUCUAGCACUGCAGAUUUCGUGAGUGACCAUUGCAAACAAGAUGGAAGCGAUAAAGAAGGUAAUAUAUCUGACACUGCAGAAGGUCUUAUUGCAUCUAGCAAGGAGGAAGGAACCAGCAAUGAAGACGAAAUAAAUUGCAUUGCAGAUAGCGUUACUGGCCCUAGCACACCACGUGUCAAACAAGACAAAUUAUAUGGAACUGCAGAUAACGUUACCAAACCUAGUAAACAAGAAGGGAGUGGCAAAGGAGGCAAAAUAUCUGGCAUCGUAGAGGACGUAACUAAGCCUAGCAUACAGGAAGGAAACGACAAUGAAUGCAAAAUAUCUGACACUCUUGAUAGCGUAAUAUACUCUAGGAAAAAGGAAAGAAACGUCAAGGAAGACAACAUAACAUGCACUGCAGAAAGCGUAAAUGACCUUAUUAAUCAGAAAAGGUGCAGAAAAAAAGGCAAACUAUCUGACAUUGCAGAUCGCAUUACAAGUAACGGCGAAGUAGUUGAGGAAUCAUGCAAAAGGGAUAUCGCUACUGAUACUAAUAAAAUCAUUUGUAGUUACAUAAUGCAAUUAAAAAGUAAUGAUGAAUGUUUGAAACAGUUUCAGAAGUAUGUAACUGUGUGCAUAAACGCUUGCUGGAAAGCAGUAAUAAGUUACCCACCUGUACAUUUGCAGUUCAAUUUAACUGGUAAAUACUUCAAAGAUGUCGAUGAAAAGUAUGGACUUAAAAAAUACACUUUAAAUAUGCCUUAUCGAGACACGAGCAAAAAACAUGAUGAAAUUGCUUUGGUUGUGUGGCCACCUUGUAUAACCUAUGAAUAUGGCGGCCAUGAAGAAAAUGUUUUGGCGACCGAAAAUGCUCGUGUGGUCGUCAACUAUUUAGAUGAGUGCUAAAAUCAUUUGAAUGUAGUAAAACCUAUGUAUUCGUUUGUGUUAUAUUUGUAGUAUUCUUUAGUAAAUAUGAAUGACAACUUAGUUUUUAGCUACAUGUCUAUAGAACAGGACAUAAUACGUGCUUUUUAUCAUGUUGCGUCGAAUGACAAGAAACGAUGACAAGACAUCAACAAUUUACAUGCGUUCCUUUGAGAUCGAAUUGUCACUUUUAUCUUUGUGUAUUGCUUGAAGUAAUUGAAUAUGCUGUAAAAGAGUAUUGUAUUUUGUAGCCAAAUCGUAUAUUAUUACAUCCAACAUAUGCUUAACAAGAUACUGUCUGUUUAGUAACAAAAUCAGCUCGUCUCAGUAAUAUUUGAAAACUGGAAUUGAAAUUGAAAUGCUGGUUCGGCAAAUUUAAUUGUAGAGAGUAUGGAUUUCAAAUCGUGCACGUGUAUGCCAAUGAGUAAAAGUUACUAAAGGCUGCUGUAAAUUUUAAAGUUUUAAUAGUUUUUAUAGUUUCGUGCUACACGUAAACCUGUCGGAGCCGCGUACUAAAAUUGACAACGUCAUUGAACCAGAAAAUAGACAUUUGCCAAUUAAGAUUAAGUGGACUGUGGUUGCCUAGGACGAUCGAUAUUUCAAAGGGACCAUCUCAAAAUAAUUCAAAUAUAUUACAUGCGGUAGGAAAACAUGCCUAUAAUGAUGAUAAGAUUAAGUUUAUUGUGCCACUACUUUGCUUCAGGGGAUAUAGAUUUUGUUUUGUCUGUCCGUCUGAGAAAAUUGCAUUACACAUGAUGCCAGAAGUAUUUGACUUACCAUUAUUGCACUUUACUGAAAUAUUUUUCAACAUUUUUUUAGAAGUUGUGCAUCUGAGACAAAGUGGUCGAGGUGAGCUUGUGUAAUUGCCCUGUGUCCGUCGUCCAUUGUCGUCGUCCGACGUAAAUAAUUUCAAUUUGAAAUCAGAUAUCAGAAUUUUGCAAAUAUUAUGAUGCCUAUUUUUCAAUUCCAGGACAUUGUAUACUGUAACAUAUCAUUUAAGAACAAAAAUGAGUAUAUUAUGUUUAGUAUCAAUUUUUUUGUUUGUUAAAACAUGUAUAUUUUGAAAAUCAUACUUUUAAUUUUGAGAUACUAUUUCAAUGUUUGAUUUAAUUUGUAUUUUUGAAUAUUCAUUUCCUAAAAAUCAUAAUUUGUGCACAUCUUACAUAUGUCAAGAAAGUUUAAGAUGUUUGCCUUAUAGCACUUUUAUCCAGUCUCGUUAAGAAGUUAUUAUUAUUAUUAUACCAGAUUUAUAUAGCGCCCUUUUCAUGAUAAACACGUUCAAAGUUGUCAAUGGUAUUUAUCUGAAGAUCUUUAUUUAAUGGAUAUACAUGUAGAUAUUUGUUUUAUCAUCAAAGACUUCCAGGUUUUAUAUGUAAUCAGAUUAUUAAUUGUUUGAUAAGAACAUCCUUUGUUAAGUCAAAUACUAAGAAGGUAUAUAAACCUGAUUUUCAAAAAUAAAGAGAUAUACUUUGUAUUAGAUAGAUAACAUUGACUUUGUGAACAAAUUAAGAACUCUGUGAUAAACUUUGUGUUA